AUGUCUGGGUCUCGUGCGGACCCUCAAACCGAGGCUGGGAUCCCGACCCAAGAAGAAACCGACACUUCUGCGCAUGCGAUUCUCACCUCUGAGAGAAUCGCCGGGGAAAUACGUCGGGAUGAUGCGGUGAUGGCGGAGGAACUCCGCAUUCUCGCACCGCAGCGGAGAGGAGUUUACCACAGGAAAUCCAAAAAAUCUUCCUCGCCUGCGGGGAUGCGGAACACGGACUCCUCCUCGCCGUCGUUGCUCAUGGCCUCUCGUCUGGGAGGAAUCGCAGCGCGAAAAAGUAGAAGCGAUGUCGCCGCGAUUUCAUCUGUCAAGGAAAAGGAGUCUACUGAGACGUUCAUUGAGCGAAAGCGAGAGAUGGGCCUGGUGCGCAUAUCGCUGGAGUCCAAGAAAGCGGAGAUACGCAAGCUUGACGAUGCCGCGGACCGGGCUGAAAAACAACUCCGACAGAAGCAAGAUCAGCUUGAAAGCAUCAAGGAAAAGUUCAAUAGCUUUUUGAAGAGUAGCAGCCUUGAGCAGGACGCGGCGAUGCGGCGUGUAGACUUUGAGACGAAGGCUAAGUACGAAAAGAUGCUAGAGAUCAAAAAGCUCACUGCACGUAUUGGGCAUAUUGAGUCCGAAAUGCGAAAGAUCAAUCUACAGCUCGAUCGAUGCAAGUCGUAUAAAGAAUUCUUGAAUGGGUUGACAAAGCCACAGUGGUUCUACAACGUUCUUGUGGAUCUUCGCCUCGGGGAUUGCACGCAGGAAAUUCUCGAAGAGGCGGAGGCGGAGUACGCCGCCCGAGCGGCGGAGUUAAAAAAAGCCGUUGAUGCCGCCACCGUGCAGGAGCAUCCGGAAAGACAUUUAAGCCACAACCCACCCGAUUCUGGGGCGCAUGCCGCUGCGAAUGCCUCCCCCGCGGAUCAGGCGGAAUGCUUAAGCAUUCAGUUAAACCGCCUCCACACGAGUAUUCAACAAAGUGCGCAGAAUAAAGUCAAGGAAGUGCAGGCGCAGCUGCAGGCGACCAUCCAGGCCAUGCCGUUGGAGGAGGUGAAGAACAUUCUAGACACCAAGUACCCCGAAAGCCGCAUUCCACUACCCUUUCGGGAUGUCAACCAGCUUCUCGACGUGUUCAUCGACAUCGAGGAGGGCAAUUUGUUUCUCAUUCAAAAUUGCCAAGAGCUCGAGGAGGAGCUGGAGGGGGUCACCAUAUCUUUUGUGAACGAGAAGAAUGGCCUGCAGACGAUGGUCGACCAGCGUCAUAGCCAGAUGAGUGUGCUACAGGAAAAGAUCACCGCCACGGAGGAGAAGCUGAAGGAACUGGAGGAUCGCCUGGUCGCGCUGGACAAACCGAGCACGGUGGUGAAUGGGGGGAAACCGACCGACGCCCUCCCCCCCCCCCCCCUACCGCGACGGACCAGCCGCUGA